GGCGCGGCGGCGAGGGCGGGCCCCCUGGCCCGGGUGAUCUUUAAAUUCUUCCGCACUGGGGCAGUCUGUGCACUUACCUGGCAGUCUGCAGCGAGUGCCGCGCUGCCCUGCACUCCCAAGGACUCCUGUCCUCUGCUUUAGGCGGGAAAUGCAGUUGCUGGAUUGCAACCCAGAGGUGGAUAGUCUGAAGCAUCUGCUGGAGGCCGGGGCCUCGGUCAACGCACCCCCGGAUCCCUGCAAGCAGUCGCCUGUCCACUUGGCCGCAGGGGGCGGCCUCGCUUGCUUUCUUCUCUGGCAGCUGCAAGCGGGCGCUGACCUCAACCAACAGGAUGUUUUUGGAGAAGCUCCACUACACAAGGCAGCAAAAGUUGGCAGCCUGGAAUGCCUCAGCCUGCUUGUAGCCAGUGACGUUCAAAUUGAUUUAUGUAAUAAGAAUGGGCAAACAGCUGAAGAUCUUGCUUGGUCAUAUGGAUUUCCAGAAUGUGCCAAGUUUCUUACAACAAUUAAAUGUAUGCAGACAAUAAAAUCAAGUGAACAGUCCAGUGGAGAUCAUUGUGUUCCAGUGCUCCGACAGAAACGAAGUUUUGGAAGUAUAGAAAAUACAAAUGGGAAAAGGAAGUGUUGAUGUCAUGUUGGUUUUGAAGAGAUUUGAAGAAGGCCUUCACUUGGUGCAGAUCUACUGCUCAGCUACAAGCUAUGGUUUUUGGCUCACUAACGUGUGUCCUUCUAAGAAGGGAGAAAACUUUCUUCUAAGUGAAGAUAACAUUUAAGAAUACAUGUAUUUACAUGCCUAUAAUAUUUUGGUUGUGCAUGCUUUGUCUUUUAAGUUGUUAAAGGAAUGUCUAAAGAAUAAA